UUCCAUCCAUCUCCAACCCAAAAAACAACAUUUUCAUACUCUGUUUUUCUAACAUUUGCACACUCUGUUUUCAACUAUGGCAGCUUCCGACAACAACAAUGACGUUGUCACUGAUUUCUUCCCAUACUAUCGACUCUACAAAGACGGUCGAGUAGAACGUUUCUACGAACUUGCUGGUAUACAUGAAAUUCCACCAUCGCUGGAAGAUCCAGCGACUGGUGUAUCAUCAAAAGACGUGAGCAUCUCUGCUCACGUCUCUGCUAGACUCUACCUUCCAAAAAACACUGCACCCAAUCAAAAACUCCCCGUCUUAGUGUAUUACCACGGCGGAGGACUUGUAUUAGGAUCCGCAUUUUUCAAAACAGAGCAUUGUUACCUCAACUAUCUGGUUUCCGAAUCAAAUUGCAUAGCAAUCUCUGUAAAUUACCGUCUUGCCCCUGAGCAUGACAUCCCAACAAUCUAUCAGGAUUGUUGGGAUGCUCUUCAGUGGGUCGCGUCACACUCUGUUUCUGAUACAAUUAACAAAGACCCGUGGAUUGAAAACCAUGGUGAUUUUAACCGCGUGUUUGUAGGGGGUGAUAGUGCUGGAGGUAAUAUAGUUUAUAAUAUGAUCAUGAGAGCGGGGAGAGAAAAAUUGAUCGGAGAUGUGAAACUUUUGGGUGCAAUACUUGCAUUUCCUUAUUUGAUGAUACCAUCAAUUGAAAACUUUGACAAAGGUUUGUCUUAUAAGCUUUGGAAUAUCAUUUGUCCGCUAUCUGAACGGGGAAAUGAUAGUCCAAUGGUUAAUCCAGUCUCGAAAAAGUGUCCUAGCUUAUCGACGCUAGGAUGCUCGAGACUUUUUGUGUGUACGGGAGAGAAAGACGAACUUGUCCCAGGAGAAGUUGCGACAAAAUUUGCCGAAGCUGUGAAGAAAAGUGGAUGGAAAGGGGAAAUUGAGUCGAUUUUAUUUGAAGGUGAAGGUCAUUGCUUUCAGUGUGAGAAUCCUCAAGCUGAGAAAUCUAAAGAUUUGAUCACACGUAUAGUUUCUUUCAUCCAACGCGAUUAACAUGUGUUUUUAGAAAUUAUUAUUAUUUGCACUCAUGACGAGUUUCCUUGGGAAACAACCUCUCUGACAGCUCUAUGAGGUAGAAAUAAGGUCAGCAUAUAUUCUAUCUUUCACGUACUACGAUAUUGUUAUUGU